AGGAAGACUAAAGGUCGUCCCAGGUAUCCUGUGAGCUGUAAUGCUAACUUUGACAACAGUGGUGUGUCUGGUGUCAGCGGUCGUCGCAGCUAUCGGUUAGCAUUACCGGUAAUAUAGUUAGCGUUACAGCUCCGGUUAACUGCAGUUUGAGCGGCUAGCUUCACAGUAAGCGUCACAAACUUGUUUGACAGCAGUGUCCGCUAUCAGUACGAAGAGCCAAGAUGUUCGCUUCCGUGUAUGUUGGCUAACAUGUUAAUAACGCUGUGCUACGUCUACCUGUGGGUGCGCUUUCACAAGUGUUACUCGGUGCUGAUCCGGAACAGUCUGUUCAGGCUGAACAGCAGCCGCUUCGGCUUCAGCUUCAGCCUCUGCUCCGGCCCAGCCUCCGCACGGCAGACCGGACCCCGCGCCGCAGCCCGCAGGCAGCCCAGCCCGCCGUCAUCCCAGGAGGAGGAGGAGGAGGGUGUCUUCCUGCAGCUGGGGGACAAGACCGUGUAUGUGACAGAGCCGCAGGCAUGCGAUGACCUCAGCAAAUGGACUGUGCUGCUGGGCUCUUCUCUGGUUUGUGGUCCUCGAAUAGAAGACAUUUCAUUCAUCAUAGAGGCUACAGGACACAGAGUGGGCUACAAUUCUGCUCACACAUCCAAUAAGAAAGUGCUGAAGUGGUCAGACUACUGUCUUCCUCUGGCCUGUAGCCCUGGCACGCCGUUUAGGGCGGUGGCUCAGGCCAGCGUGGAUAACUUCAGUCGACUGGGGGUCGCGUUUAUAGAAGAUCGCCUUCAGCUGGACGAUGGACUCCUGCCUUCAAAGAUAAUCCCUGUCCUCCUCAAAGAAUCUACCCUCAGUGAGCUAUUGGAGAAGCAGCGUCCAAAGACUCCAAAGACUGACAGGUCACCAUGUGUGUGUAAACCCUCAUCUGAGCUUUCACCUCAUCACUUGUCAGCUGACUACCUGCCCCAUCAGUGCCGCAAAGGCAGUCUGCUCCUCCCUCCAGAGGCAAAGAGGCGGUUAGAGGAGCGGCGAGGGUCCGAGCCACUACGUGGCACCCAGGAUCUGGGACCUGUAGGUGAGCCUGAGGACCAUUCCUUAGGGAACCACCGACACAUGGAGGGCCAUGGACACCACCUGCAUCUGUCCAGCUGCAACGAGUGUUUGGAGCUGGAGAACAGCACCAUCCUGUCGGUGAAAUACGCCUCAGCAGAGAAUAUACCAGACCUGCCUGAUGAUGAUUCUGUGGGGCUGGACAGCGGGGAUGAAACUCUGGAUCUAGAUGAAGCCAAAGGGCUCUGUGGUCACAGCAACAAGUUUGACUGUAACAGCAAACCGCCAAAUGUUCUGGUGUACACAGGGGACUGCCAGGACCGCUUUCAGGCCCUCAGUCAGCUUCUGUACGAGUGUAUCAACAUGGAAAACUACACUAUCUACCCCCUGCUGCCUCAGCAGGCUCUGUCCGACCCCUGGAUGGACAACACCAGGCUCCUAGUCCUGGCAGAGGAGGGGACUCUGACCCCGCAGCUACAGACCCGCUUUCUUACAUUCCUAAGCCAGGGGGGCAGGGUCCUGGGGCUGGCUUCCACCCUGUGCCCUGCAGGCCUGUGUCUGGAGGACAGGCAGAGGCAGCCCGGGCAGGUCAGCAGGCUGAGUUUCACCCGGGAGGACAGCACAGAGCUGGAGCUGAGCGUGUUGGCCAGCAAGAAGGUCUUCAUCAGGGACAGUCAAGGAGGAGGGGAGGUGGAGCUCUGGGGGGAGCUGAAGGGGGAUGUCCCUCAUCAGAGAGACAUGGUAAUAGUCAGGGUGACCCACGGAAGAGAUGGCGGGGAGGCUGUCCUGUGCCAGGUCCAUCUGGAGGUCUCUCCUGACUCACAGCAUCUGACCUCAGAAGGUUUUAAAGAUCUGAAGGUGAACAAUGCUCUGCGAUAUGAAGUCCUGACAGAGAUCCUCUCCUCUCUUGGUCUCAGCUGUGAGCUCAGCCAGACCCCGGCCCCCAGCCCCGUGCACCUGCUUACCACCUCACAGGAGGUCAGGUCUGUGUUCCUGCAGUGGCUGCAGACGUGCGCUGAUCCAAACGGCCUGGUCACCGUAUCCAAAGCACCCCUCAGGAUGGUGUCCUGCUCUGAGCUCCAGGGUGGUUCUGGCCAGCCUCAGGACUCUCUGGUCCUGGUCACAGACUCUCCACCAUCUCAGAGCUGGGCCAACUUUAGUAUGGAGACCUACACACAGAACCUGAAAACCAGUGUACUGGGUCACACCCUGUUGUAUGCUGAGGUGGUCACCUCCACCAUGAACCUGCUGGAUGGGCUCAGUCUGAAAUCACCGAAAGACGUGGGCUUAAUUGCAGUCGCUGCUCGACAGAGUCACGGCAGAGGACGAGGCAGGAAUGCCUGGCUAAGCCCUUUGGGGUGUGCCAUGUUCACUCUGAGUGUCCAGGUAGACCUGAGCUCAAGACUCGGACAGAGGAUCCCCUUCCUCCAGCACCUGGCUGCUCUGGCUGUGGUGGAGGCUGUUCGCACACUUCCUGGAUAUGAGGACAUCGACUUGAGGGUGAAGUGGCCCAAUGACAUCUACUACAGUGACCUGAUGAAGCUGGGGGGUGUCCUGGUGACGUCCACCGUGAUUGGCUCCACCUUUCAUCUGCUCGUAGGCUGCGGGUUCAACGUGACCAACAGUAACCCCACGGUGUGCAUCAACGAUCUGAUCCAGCGUUACAACAGUGAGCACGGCAGCAGCCUGCAGCCGCUCAGCUGUCCCCAGCUCAUCGCCCGCUCCGUCACGUCCCUGGAGAGCCUCAUCAGCAGCUUCCAGGAAGGGGGGCCAGAUGCCGUGCUGCCCACAUACUACAGGAGGUGGAUCCACAGCGGGACUAAGAUACGUCUGUGGAGCGAAGAUGGGCUGGAGGCGGACGUAGUGGGGCUGGACCAGAAUGGAUUCCUGCAGGUGCACAGCAGGGAGCAAGGCCUGGUCUCUGUGGAGCCUGAUGGGAACUCCUUCGACAUGCUGAGGAACCUGGUGGUCAUGAAGCAGCGUUAGGACCAAAACUGACUCUUUUAGUUUAUGUCAAUACACAUGUUAGCGGUUUACAGUGAAGAGAAGUGGCUGCAUACAGAGAUAUCUUCCUCAGUGAUGUCUCUGCACAUAGCAUCACUAUGUUGGGACCACAAAUUAGAAACUUUAUCUAACAGCCUGUAACUGUAAAACAGUCAACCUGAUGUGACAUGAGAACUGAGCUCCCUGCAGCUCUUUAUGUUUCAGCAAAAUAAAUAUUUACCAAGAAACAUGUCAUUCACUUCUUUAAACUUCAAUACCCUACGUUUAAGGAGCAUGUCCAGACUUGACUGAGGUGGCCCUAACUUGAACUUGGUCAGUGACUUCUGAAGGAGUGGCAUGAAGUACUGUAUGUGUGUACACACACUCACAAAAAUGAAUAGCAUCUAUUUACCCUUUCUGUUGGCACUAUUCAUCAUGACCACUGUAACUACAAACAUUGUGAUGCUUAAUCAUGUGUAUGUUUUGUUUUUUUUUACUUAUAAAGUAACACAGCAGAGGGGCAACAAAAAGAUGUUUGUUCAAAGUCACCAUUUAAAGUUCUAUCGAAGGCAAAUGUUCUGUCAUACAAAGACACUUCCAGUUUCACUCUGCAAACUACUACAUCAGUAUUCAACAUUAAACAGACUCAAUCCAAA